UGAAAUGUCAAAACGGCUGCCCCCGAGGCGGAAUGACGGCUCGCCGUUACAAUCAAAAGGCUGCUUGAUUGACCACGUUGAGGCGUCUAAAACGUUUUCGCGGCAGACUAGCCCUUUGUGAUAAUGUCGGCUUAUUAUGAAGAGAGAUCUGGGGACGAUGGCCCAGCAGGCAUGGAGCCAGAUGGUGUCAUUGAGAGCAACUGGAACGAGAUUGUGGACAGCUUUGACGACAUGAACCUGCGGGAGACUCUGCUCCGGGGAAUCUACGCCUACGGUUUCGAGAAGCCCUCUGCCAUCCAGCAGCGGGCCAUCCUCCCUUGCAUCAAGGGUUAUGAUGUGAUCGCGCAGGCCCAGUCCGGCACGGGAAAGACUGCCACCUUUGCCAUCUCCAUCCUGCAGCAGCUCGACAUCGAGCUCCGUGGCACCCAGGCCCUGGUCCUGGCCCCCACCAGAGAGCUCGCCCAGCAGAUCCAGAAGGUGAUCCUGGCCCUAGGCGACUACAUGGGUGCCUCGUGCCACGCCUGCAUCGGCGGCACCAACGUGCGGAACGAGGUGCAGAAGCUCCAGGCCGAAGCACCGCAUAUAGUGGUGGGGACUCCGGGCCGCGUCUUCGACAUGCUCAACCGCAAGUUCCUCUCCGCAAAGUACAUCAAGCUGUUUGUCCUGGAUGAAGCGGAUGAGAUGUUGAGCAGAGGCUUCAAGGACCAAAUCUACGAGAUCUUCCAGAAGCUCGGUACCAACACACAGGUGGUGCUGUUGUCUGCCACUAUGCCCCAGGAUGUGCUGGAGGUCACAAAGAAGUUCAUGAGGGAGCCCAUUCGCAUCCUGGUCAAGAAGGAGGAGCUGACCCUGGAGGGCAUCCGGCAGUUCUACAUCAAUGUGGAGAAAGAGGAGUGGAAGCUGGACACCCUGUGUGACCUGUACGAGACCCUAACCAUCACCCAGGCCGUCAUCUUCAUCAACACGCGCCGCAAGGUGGACUGGCUCACCGAGAAGAUGCACGCCAGGGAUUUCACCGUCUCUGCCCUGCAUGGAGACAUGGACCAGAAGGAGCGCGAUCUGAUCAUGAGGGAGUUUCGCUCGGGGUCCAGCAGGGUCCUCAUCACCACUGACUUGCUGGCGAGAGGUAUUGAUGUGCAGCAGGUGUCUCUGGUGAUCAACUACGACCUGCCGACCAACCGUGAGAACUACAUCCACAGGAUUGGGCGCGGCGGCCGUUUCGGCAGAAAAGGAGUUGCCAUCAACAUGGUGACGGAGGAAGACAAGCGGACCCUGCGAGACAUCGAGACGUUCUACAACACCACCGUGGAGGAGAUGCCCAUGAAUGUGGCUGACCUCAUCUAAGGUCCUCCGGUUCCCCCCCAGUUCCAUAUAAACUGUGCUCUUAAAUGAUGAUGGACUAUGCCUGACCUGUCUCUUUAUCGGGGACGGGGGUCUUGUACCUCUCAUCACCUCAUUGAUGUCUAGCAGUUUUAAUCAGAUUGGCAACUUAUCAGACUGGACCGGUCCUGCUUUGCUCACUUGGAUAUUUGGAUACCCCUCCAGUUUCAGUGUUUCUGAAUUACCCCCCCCCCAGCUGCAAUUUGAACCACUAGCCAAAAUGUCAGCUGAUUUAUGAAGUUCUUGAAAGAUGUUUGUUCAUAGUUUCUGCAGCAUUGACUGUGGUCCAGGCAGAAUCGCCACAGAUGAGAUGAUUCCAAAUGUAGUGUUUUUGUCCUUGCUGGGCAGAGAUGAGCCGUGUAAUGGUCAGCAAUGUCCUUCACAAAUGGUGUUUGCCUCUGGCUCUUCUAAGCCUCAUUGUGUUUCAGGGAUGUGAGUGGUUUGGGUGUUACUUGGUGCAUGUCGAACAGGCCCAUAUGGACAGCUUCAUAUAUUUACAGCAGAUUUUUUUUUUAAUGGUUCUGGUUUAGUUUUACCAGUCUGUUCAGGCACAGGCCUGGUCCUCUGUAGUCAGAGUAACAGUUGAGUUUUAUUGGCUUGGAGUGGCUAGAAAUUUUAGGGCCAAGAAACCGCUGUGAUGACCGCAUGCUGCGGAACUGGGGUGCCUUGUAACCUACCUCAAUGUUUGUUUUGUGGAAAGUGGGGUGGGAAUGGAGUUAUACAGACAUUACUGCGGAUGGUGAGCUUCCAUGUGAUCAACCCAUGGCGACUCCCACACCUGUACACAAGGGGGGGGCGCACAGUCAAGCCUUCAAUGCUUCUAUAAUUGAUGGAUUGUUUAGAGAACAGAAGCCAUGUAAAUGCCUUUUUCUACAUUGGAUUCUGUGUAGUAUUUAUUUGGUCUGAAAUAAAAUUGCAGUCUUGUAGUCUUUUUAAACUGUUAACUGA